CAGCACUCAAUAGAUUUUGUAUUCUACGCGCGGCGUGAUACCGACUUAAGUCUGUGUUGCCUGUCGGUACGGGACUCUGGAAAAACCCCGAGAUGACACUGGCAAUAGAAAAGCAGCUUUGUAACCAAUAACGGCUCUAAUGAAAAGCAGAAGGAGUGUCCGAGUGUUUAGAGUAAUAAGUUACUGCUCAUCAUCUAUGUAAACCUUUAUUAGGCAAUGAGGAAUAACUCGCAAGAUUCUACACAGUGCCCUGGCCACAACUUCGAAGGCCGUUAUUUUUCGGAAUUGGCGAAGUCCCAAAUUUGUGCUUCCUGGUGUCAGCCUCGUCAUCGCUUACAGUGGUGGUUCAAAACACCGCCACUUGCACUUCAGCCUCGUCUCUUGGCGCGUGAGUCAACCCCACCAUCCCACCACAAAGCUUAAAACACCACGCCUACCUCUCGACUCACAGCUCCUCAAACACACCAAACAGCAUGGCUACCGCGAGAAUUAUCUUACCCGAGGAGGGUAAAAACAACAUCCUGAUCACCAGCGCUUUGCCAUAUGUUAAUAACAUUCCUCAUCUUGGAAAUGUUAUUGGUAGUGUGCUCAGCGCAGAUGUCUUCUCAAGAUUCAGCAAGUUGCGCGACAGACCAACUCUCUUCAUCUGUGGAACAGAUGAGUAUGGUACAGCUACGGAGGCAAGAGCGCGAGAGACUGGACAGACUCCUAAAGAGCUCUGCGAUGAAUUUCACUUUAAGCACAAGGCGAUUUACGACUGGUUCGAGAUUGGCUUCGAUUACUUUGGCAGGACGACGACGGAGCAGCAGACGGUUAUCGCGCAGGACAUUUUCAUGAAGCUAUACAAAAAUGGAUAUCUGGAGGAGCGGACUACUCUACAGCCAUACUGCGAACAUCACCACUCCUUCCUUGCAGACCGUUUCGUGGAAGGCACCUGCCCGAAAUGCCAGUACGAUGAUGCACGGGGCGACCAAUGCGACAAGUGCGGCAGUCUUCUAGAUGCUCUCGAACUCAUCAACCCUCGAUGCAAAGUCGAUGGUACUACUCCUGUUCCCAAAGAUACCACACACAUCUUCAUGCGCUUAGACAAAAUCCAGGAGGAUAUUGCGAAGUUCUUUGCACAGUCCAGCGUUGAGGGAGGAUGGUCUCCAAAUGGUAUCAGCAUCACGAAGUCAUGGCUCGACAAAGGGCUUGAGGGACGGAGUAUCACACGAGAUCUGAGUUGGGGUACCCCUGUACCACUUCCAGGAUACGAAAAGAAGGUCCUGUAUGUUUGGUUUGAUGCAUGCAUUGGUUACCCAUCGAUUACCGCGAACUACACAAAGGACUGGGAGCUGUGGUGGCGUAACCCAGAACAAGUAAAGCUCUUCCAGUUCAUGGGCAAAGAUAAUGUACCAUUCCAUACAGUCAUUUUCCCGGGCUCUCAAUUAGGUACCAAGGACAAGUGGACGAAGCUUCACAAUAUUUCUGUCACAGAAUACCUGAACUACGAGCAAGGAAAGUUCUCAAAAUCUCGAGGAAUUGGUGUUUUCGGUGAUGGUGCGAAGGAGACUGGAAUACCACCAGCAGUGUGGAGAUACUACUUGAUCGCAAAUCGACCGGAGACUGGAGAUACACAAUUCGAGUGGAAGGCAUUUAUCGCAGGAAACAACAGCGAGCUUCUUGCAAAUGUUGGCAACUUUGUCAAUCGUUUGGUCAAGUUUGUUAAUGCAAAGCUUGGUGGUGUCAUUCCCGAGUUCUCAGCAGAAUACAAGGAUGAUUCCUUUGACUUCCCCGGCUUCAUCGGCGAAGUCAAUGCUCUCCUUGCCGAGUACGUCGCUGAUAUGGAAGCCGUUCACUUGCGAUCUGGAUUGCGGAAAUUCAUGGAAAUUUCUGCGAAGGGUAACCUUAUUCUCGCUGGUCGUCUUGAUAAUGCCAACUUGGCCAACAGCCCAGAACGAACACACGCCAUUAUUGGACUCGCCCUCAACCUUGCAUACCUUCUUGCAUCUCUCUCAUCCCCGUUUAUGCCAUCAACAGGAGCCUCAAUCGUUGAACAACUUAAUGCUCCUCUCCUUUCUAUCCCAGACAAAUGGUCCCCAGGUGCUCUCCCAGGUGGUCACAAAAUUGGAAAGGCUGCAUAUCUAUUUACUAAAAUUCCCGAGGAGAAGGAGGCCGAGUGGCGAGGAAAGUAUGGUGGUACACAAGCCUCUCGACAGGCAGAGGAAGAUGCCAAGGCAAAGAAGGCAGCUGACAAGGCAAGAGACAAGGAGCGAAAGAAAGCUAAGAAGGAAGCUGCCAAGGCAGCAAGCUCAAACACAGAUACUUCCAAGGAGGCUGCCCCAGCGAACGAGACAGGAGAGGGGAAAGGAACGGAAGCGACUAAGGAGACAGAAGCAGCCAAAAAGGCCGAGACAGGAAAGGACAGUGAGGUAGAGUUGCCAUUGAGAGGUGUGACUGCGGAGGAGCAGGCACCCCCACCUUCUGCUGCACCAUAAAAUAAGUACUAUAGGAUUUCUGGCGUUAGAGAACUGAAGGUCAGUAACUGGU